AUGAAUUAUGGUGUUGAUAUAUUAAGAGGCACAACCCUUUAUGCAGGUAAAUGUAUGUUAGAACUCUUUGACAAUAAUCUUAUUAGUUAUCAAUACAAAUAACAUGAAGCAUAAUUGAAUCUAAGUUUAUAUGAAUAAGGAUGGUCUUAGGUAUAUUUACUUCAUUCAAAUUGUUGUCCUUGCUAAAACAAAGAUCUCAAACCUUAGAAUUAAAUUUACUCUAAAAUUAAAUUAGCCACAGUUGCCAUGUUAUGUGAUAGAGAUUAUAAUUUUUUAAUUACAAGAAGACACUCUAAAAUGAAAACCUUUCCUAAAAGUUGGGUUUUCCCAGGAGGAAUGGUUGAAUAACAUUAAAAUUUAGAAAGUGAAUGUCUUAGAGAACUUUAAGAAGAAACUGGAUUAAAUGUAUUACCCAUUCUUUCAAAAAUUGAAUUAAAAGUAAUGUACGAAUCAAUUUAUCCUACCAAACUAGAAGAAAAUUAAUAUCCUAUUAAACAAACCUUAUGUAUGUUUUAUGAAGUAAAAAUUAAUCAACCUUAUUCAAAUCUCACCAUUAAAAUUUAAGAAAAUGAAGUUGAUGACUUUAAAUGGCUCUCAAAAAAACAAUUACUUUAAAUCAUGAAUGGUUAAAAUAACGAUCCACAAUUUCUUUAAAUUACUGGAAUAUACCCUAAUUAAUAUGGAUCAGGAAUUGGAGAAGGACACGUUAAAGCAUUUUUGCAUUGUUAUACAUGA